UCAGUCUCGUCCGUCGCAAUCCAGUGCAGAUAUACGUGCAAUUACCCUGUCAACAGUGCUUAAAAUCCUUGGUUCGUGCUUGUGCUUCGUUUCGUCGGCACACACGGUGAUCGAUAACGCACACCGACGGAGUCUGUCGUCGAUCGCCGACGCGUCGUGAUCGACGCGCGUGAGGACGAAAGAAAAGGAAAGAGAAAAAAAAACGAGGCACCCCCUGCGGGAGAAAGUUUCGAAAGCACGCGGCGCGCGCGAAGAGAUAAAUCUGACGUGAUUUGAAUUUCGACCGCUAUCAAUCGUCGCGAAAGAGUGGAGGGAUCGUUCGGCGUGAAGUUUGACGCGAGUCUCUCGGACGGUAAAUCCCCGGCGCGCGUCAGCGGCGUCAGUCCGGCUGGAACGCGCGAGACGAGUGGUAGCGUCGAGGACGUCGCCCGGGUGCCGUUCACCGGUUACCGUCAUCGCGAGCGAGUGGUACGAGUCAACGAGAGAAGAAGGAGGGAAGAGCGUGCCGUGUGCGAAAGCGAGCAGAUGUGGUGCCGGGUAAUUUCACCUAGUUGCGUUCACGCGACCUAACUGCCGGCGUGAGUGGUGGGAUCGUCAGUGUGUCUGUGAGCCGCGAGUCCGCGAGUGGUUUUGGUCACCGAGGGACCGCUGGAGCUUCCGUACACGCCGUCGAGAUGAAGACUUGCCACCUGUGGCUAGAAGCGGCCGUCGCUCUCCUGGUGAUAGCAGGUGCGAACUGCCUGCGGGGGGUCAGCCUAGAGGUGGAUCCGAACGUGGUGCAACGUGGCGAGAUGGUGAUUCUGCGGUGCAAUUAUGAUUUGGAGAAUGCGCCACUCUACUCCCUCAAGUGGUAUCGGGGCAGGCACGAAUUCUACCGAUUCUCACCCACCGAGGAAUCAUCUCCCAAGACCUUCAACAUUUCCGGAAUUAAUGUCGACCCCGACAAGUCGAACAACAGCCAGGUAACGCUUCGCAAUGUCGACUUCGGCCUCUCGGGUACAUUCAUCUGCGAAGUUACGGCAGACGCGCCAACCUUCUCCACAGCCUCCGCCUCGAAGAAUCUCACCGUAGUAUUUCUGCCCCGUGAAGAGCCCGUUAUCGUAUCGGAACGCGAUCGCUACGACCCAGGAGACAUGUUGAGGGCAAAUUGCAGCCUGCCGCCUUCGAAGCCACCGGUUCACAUCUCAUUCACGCUGAACAGUAUGCCGUUGGAGGCGACCACGAGGCAACAGCGGACGAAGGAAGACGAGGGAACGCAGUGGAGCGAGAUCAGUCUCACCCUUCAGCCGUUCCAUUACACGAACGGUCGUUUGAAUCUACGUUGCACCGCGGAGAUACCUGGCGUCUACUCAAAGCAAAGCGAACUCCAGCUCUUUUCGGGUAUGGGCGAACCCGUGCCUGAAAGAGUAACCUUAGAAAACGGAAGCGGCACGCAUACGAUGACGUUUGUGACAAUACUCUGCCUGGGCACGCUCCAUCUGCUUCUGAGAUAGUCACGGCACGCCUGAGACCACGAAAAGGGAGCUCACGGGCGUCGCAUGAUAAAUAGCACACUAGUCAGCGGGAGAAAGGGCUGGAUGAAAAGACGAUGGAGGCAGGGUUUAAGGACCGCGUAUGGACGGCGCAGAAACAAAUAAUAUUGUUAAACCAUAUAUGAUCAUUGAGUGUUUUUUUUUUCUUUCUAGUAGAUUCAAUAUUCUUUUUUUUUUCUCUGAACGGGUCAGGAUCGUAAAUUCUACAUGUUCCCCGUCUGCAAUCGCUAAUAGCAGCGCGAUAUUAAUUUUCAGCUAGUGAAUCAUUUUCUGGUGCAGCAUUGCCAUAAUAAUUAGAAUCAUUUCUCCACAACCUGACGUCCCUGAGUCAAAAAGGACACGACGCGUUUAAUGUGAUACAUUUGCCGAUCGCGAGAUCGUCGAUCGUGUUAUCGUUACAUAUUUUACCACCGCGCCUUUUGUAUAGUUAUUUUAUAAGACGCGCCGGUAUGCACGGAUUGUUUCCCGUUUGUCUUUUCGAUGAUAUACGAACUGGAUAAGAGAAGAGCGGCGAUACCAAUUAACGAUCCCUGGACUGGAUCGUGACCGAUGGAGAGAUAGGUAAUAAAGGAUCACCGUAGCCAAAUCCGCUGUUAGGAGAUCUACUGCCACGCGCUUUACGGAGAAUCGGAGAAGCAUAGCCAAUUAGUCGCGUUCGAUUACUACUACGACGCUCAAUUUGACAUUUGACGAGUAAUGAACAGAAGAGAUUUGUUCCAAGAGUAGAGUGACAGCGAGAAAAGAAGGGAAAGGACAGGACUUCGAAGUCGAUUGCACGUAUACAUCUAUAAGUGCUUGUACAGCCCACUUCUGAAGAUUUGCGAUCCUUGUUGUGAGAGAAAGAAUGAGAGAGAGAGAGAGAGAGAGAGAGAAAAGAGUGAGAGAAUGAGAGACGUCUCUUCCGCUACCACUGACGAGAAGAGAGCCAAGCCGUACAGAUCGCACAAAGGAACAGACACGGAUAAAGCGGUGCGAAAAGUUUUCUCAUAACGAAAGGGAAAAACAGCGCGGACUCUCCGGUUUCGCGAAAUCGUACCCUCCCUGUACUCCAGCAACAACGCACUCGAUGCGCACUCGAAUAUCUUUUCGUUACACUCGCCAAGGAUGGUGAUUCGAGUCCAUUGUUCAAAAGCUCUCGGACUCGGUCGCGUAGGCGGAUCAAUGUCGCGUAUUUCGAAGCGAUGGGCUCUGGACGCGCACGCGGGAUCAGACUGCUGACUCUCCUUUUCCCCCCUUUUUUUGCUAACUUCUCGUUUUUCGCGUUUUAUUUGUAGUUUUUUGCAAAACUACAAGAACAGUGUAGUUGCUGCUGUUGCUGUUGUUGCUGCCGCGGAAGAACUCGGCCGUACACGAGUAGUUAUGUACUUACAUUGAUUGUUAGCCUCCGAUCUGCGUACGAUUUGUUCUCUAACGAGUUUGUUACUCACUCUUUAAUGACGCCGUGCCAAAGAAAAAUAGACUUCGAUCGGUCUGUUCUAUCUUCCGUAUUUUUUUAAUACGAUAAGGUACGCGUUCCAUUCUCGUUACUGUUUUAAUAGUAUCCCUUCUUAUCUGGACUCUGAAAACGUAAUGUUUGAAUUGGACGGCGCGUUUUACCAAUCUCUGAUGGCCGCGUCACUGAAUCCAUGUAUUAAGCUAUAAUAUCUAGCAGGUAUACGAUGUCGUCGGACAUAUAAUCUGGGGAAAGGUUUCGUUUCGAGAUCGAUUUAUCGAAGGAGAUAGAGGAGAAACCAACGCAUUGGAAAGGAUGGCACGAACGUUACGUUUUUCAUUCUCCCACCUCCUAUCUCUUCUUUAUUAAACGGACGAUAAACUCCGUGGACGAUUCCGCGCGUCUAUAAGCUGGCUAUAUACGUGCAGCUUGUUCCUUCAUCCUGAACACAGAAAUCGUCCGUAUUAACCCCUAUUCCACCCUCGAAUAGAACGUCUUUUCCUCCCUUCCUUCCGCUUUCGUUCUCCUCCCGCGGCGCACACCACAGCAUUUGGCACGCUCGCGACCGCUUACAAAUCUUCGCGAAGUAAUGCGUAUCGGCGUGAAACUGCACGGAAGGCAUCGCGUGGAACCACGACCCUUAUUUCUCAUGCAAGCGGAUUCGCCGAUUCCUGCCUGGUACCUUAAAUCGUGCCAAAUUGUAGGGAUCGAUGUCGGACGUGCUAAUAAUUUUGCAUGGAAAUCGAUAUUAUCGAUAUUCUCGGACGGAGUGCGUCUUUGAAAGUUGUAGAAUUAAUAAUUUAUGGCGAUAAUUAUGAACGUUAAGUUUUAAUUUGAACGUAGAAGCAGAGUGCAUUACAGUUUUUACAAGUCGUAUUAUAACAUUUUGUUUUUAAUUUUUUUUUUUAAUUUGUAUAGUUAUAACGUGAUAAAAUAUUACUUUGUAAAUGAAUGUGUCAAAUGUGCUAAUGGGUAAUUUUGUAGAAAUUUUAUUCGCGGAUGAAGUAUGAUGUAGACAGAACAAUUUUUUAAAGAACAUUUAAUUUCCGUGCCCGAAGCUCGUUUUUGUAAAUGGGUGUAAGUGAGAUAAAAAUCCGAUUUACUAUAGUUUUCUGAUAUCGCUAAAGAGAAGUUACAACUUCCUUAUAUAUAAGUUAGAAAUAAGAUAAAUAGAAAUAUUUUUGUUAAAUCUGGAAUUUUAAAGUCUAUAUUUAAGUGUCUUUAGUUUUAAGAUCUUUUACAAGUCAUUAUAUUAUUGUUUUUGGGCAUUACAUUUUAGUUAAUGUAAAUACUUAUUUUUACCAAGCAUAAUAAACUAUCGCAUGAACUCUAUCUUUCUAUCAAUAGGUUGAGAACAAUCUGAACCUCAUAC